AUGGCGGAGUUUAAAUUACCACCUUACAUUCUUCAAGAGCUGCCGGAUAUCACAGAAAGUAUACAUUUUCCCAUAAAAAAUAUUCAGCGCAUUAAGUAUACUUGUUUUGAUGUAUCGAAAUCUUUAAUAGCAUUUGGAGCGACUAGUGGUGGAAUCUAUGUGUUUAAUAGAUGGCCAUGUGAAUUCAUACAAUUGAUCCCUAAUAAGGAUGGGCCUAUUACACGACUGGCCAUAUCUGUAAAUGAGAAGCAUAUUGGAUUUGCAAAUGGGAAAGGAAUGGUGACAGUCACGGAAUGUGAUCAAAAUUUAAGUCGAAAUGAUUCCACCACUUCAUCCAAAGAACAUUUGGGUAAUGAAGUCACUACUAUGAUAUGGAGUGGAAAUAUGUUAUUUACUGGUGAUGAUGUUGGAAAAGUAUCUGUUCUCCAGCUGAAUAGCUUCAUUACUAAAAGUAUGUUCCAUGGUUCUUCACAAAUCAUCAUGAGUCUGGACUCACGAAUAUGUCAACUUGAUUGUAGAGAUUGUAUGCUAUUAGUUUCUACAUUGACUCGAUGUUACAUUUGUAAUACAGCACAGGAGCAGUAUAGACAAAUUGGACAAAAAUUACGAGAUGGAGAAUUUGGUGCUUGUUUCAUAGUUUCAGAAACUAAGGCCAAUGGUACUGCAGAAACUAAUAUAGAAAUUACUGAAGUAAAGAAAUACAAUAUCGUUGAUGAUGCCCAAUUUGUUGUUGGUGAUGAAUUCUCAAACACUCUUAUGUAUUGUGCAAGACCAUCAUCACGAAUUUGGGAAGCAACAGUUGAUGGAAUGGUGAGACGGACUCAUCAAUUUAAACAGGUACUUGCUAAACCACCAUUGAAAAUAAUAACAACCAAAUCUUAUGAAAAUGAAAAUGUGGCUAUUGAAAAUGAAAAGUAUGAAUGUGAAGGACAAUCAGUUAAUUUCUCAAGAAUAUACUCAAUGAACAGUGUAAUAUUCUCGUUUAAUAAGAGGGCAUUAUACUUUUUGAAUAUCAAUGAAGUAGAUGAUACUGUGUGGUAUGUGUAUGAUGAUAUUGUUGAUUGCAGAAUUAUAAAUGACAUGUUGUAUGUAUGGCUUUCAAAUGGCUCACUUGUUAGUUUAAAAUUCAUGAAAAUUGACAAAUUUCUAGUGAAAUGCUACAUUGAUGAAAAAUAUGUGUUGUGUGCGGAACUUUGUGCCUUGUAUAAAGAAUAUCUGCUAGAGCACAAUUUAACUAUGAAAAUGCACCUUUUGAUAGGUUUAAGGGAUAAAUUGAAGAAUAAUGGUUUAUUAUCAAGUGUAGAAGAGGUUUUAAUUAAAAUUGAUAAAUUAAAAUCAAGUGAAGCAACUCAAUUGAAAUCAGGAAUUUAUGUGGUUGACAAUCCAUAUUCACAAUCACUGUUAGAUGAAAAUUAUGAUAUAAAACAUAAUGAUGACAACUUAUUUAAUACCUUAUCACCAGAGGCACUACAAGCUUUAAAAGGCUUAAGUGUAACUGUCUCAGGGAAAUUUAACUCUAGUAAAAAAAUAUUGAAGGAGAAAUGGGAAGAUUUUGAAGAGAAAGUGAAAAAUUUCAGUGACCGAAAUCAAGAAAUAAAUCCAAUUAGACAAUUUGACAGUGAAAGUACACCUAAAUGGGUGGCUCGUGAUGAUUACUCACUUGAUGAUACACCUGUCAUAAAUGAUGAAAUAAUUUUUAAAGAAUCUAGUCAAGAAACCAUUGAAAUAGACAAUAAUUUACAAAGUAAAGAAGAUAAAUGUUGUAAAUUAUUAUACCAGUACUCUAGGCUAAGCCUCGUUAAUAAGGAGUCUGAAUCGAAUUUAAUCUCUAUCGUAGAAGAUUACAGCUGUGAUAUUAGUGAAAUAUAUGAAUUGAUGCUUUUAUUAGAACAAUAUUGCAAAUCGGUUGGAGCAAUUGAGGAUUCAAAGUUUGUGCCGUACAAUAUUUUUCUGACAUACUUAAACACUUGCAUGCGCAAAAGUGACUUAUUGGAUUUGAUAAUCAAAAGUGAUGUGCUGUAUAAAUAUUUUGUGAAUUCGUGUAUAGCAGUGAAUGUGAAGACUCAAAAAUUAAUGAAUGUUGGUUGUGAGUGCGGAUUUCCUCUCCCAUAUGUACGGACAAGUCAAAUGCCAGUGUUUUCGGAAUUAAUAGAUGAAUUUAUUGAGCAACAGUGGUCAAAUCAAACAAAGGAGCAAUGCUAUGAAAUGUGCAAGAGAAUGCCAUAUCUAUGGAGAAAAAUACUAUAUUUGAGACGAAAUGAAGAUUUACUGCAUGUUUUGAGAAUUUUAGUGCAAAUGCUUGAUGAGAGUUUGUUGCAUUCGUUUCUCCCUCAGUUCACAUUGGACACAUGGGACCGAGCAAUACAAUUAUAUGCAACAUUACAUGCGAAUAUAUGUUUGAAUUGCAAUAAGAAAUUUGAUAAUAUAUCAGUUAGAGAUAUGCUGAGUUGGGACGACUUAGGGUCGCUAAUAAUAAAGUCCAUCGGUGGAAGAAAUGCGAUUAAUAUAAUGAAAAAACAUGCAAAUCUGAUUGAUACAGGUGCACUGACUUUAAAAUUUUAUCAUUCAUGUUUGAUGGUGUGUUUAUUUGAGAAAUUUGAUGUGACAAUAACUGUACCGUUAGUGGACACGCUGUAUAGUGCUUAUGAGUUUGAAGAAGCAAGAAAACAGUUAUACGCGCUACUUCGAAAUUCGUCGGACGGAAAAAUCAAUAACACGGCUCUUCCCCUAAUAAUAGCAGCGACGUCCGAACACUGGGGACUAAAACAUGUAUACGAGAAAAUUAACAAAACCAAUAUUAAUAUAAAUGAUGUACUAGAAAUAAUGACUCCACAAUUAGAUUGCACACUCUGUGGAUUGCCAUUACAAAACGAUUUUUUAAUAAAAGAUGGCGGAUUGUGGGCCUUUAAGUGUGGCCAUAGUUUUCACGGCGCUUGUUUGAAUUUGAAUAAAAUUAAAUUGUGCCCAUCUUGUACGUUAAAUUAA